GAGCACAUUGUAUCUUUGACCAAUGAAUAUGAAUAUAAAUAACAUUCCACACGAGCAUGCUAUUAUCCAAGCGAAAAAGUUAUCAAUAAUGAAUGACAUAAAGUGGUGCGAACUAGAAGCAACAAUAGGAGGCUGCAAAGAUCAUCCAAAUGAUAAACAACUACCAGGUGUUUGCUCUUCUUGUUUAAGAGACAAACUUUCACAACUUUAUAUAAAGAAUCCUCCUAUUGAUCCUCUCUACUAUUGUUCUCCUUUUUCUCCUGCUUCUCCUCAAUCCACUGAUAAAGCCUCAAUAACUCAUGGGUCUUCAUCUCAUCCUAGAUGCUUUCACCGGAAUGCUUCACAUGCGAAUGCUUCCACUUCUUGCAUGAUAAACUUUAAUUAUGCUUUGAACUUGAAGAAAAGCAAUUCGCUUGCCUUUGCUUCCAGGAUCCGGAACAGGGAGAGGGAUGUUGGUGGUUGCAGGGGAAGAAAGAAAGAUGGCUUUUGGUCCAAGGUACUCAAACUGAAGAGAAAGGAUACAGAGGUAUCUGUCAUUAGUUCAAGAACUUGAAGGUGGAUAUGAUCGGGUAACAUGUUACAUAUACAGCUGUAUCAUAAUUUGGGUGACGUUUUGUUUACGAUCGUAUCAGAAAUUUCACUUUUUCUUUAGAUUUCAAUCAUAGAUGUUAUUGUUAUUAUUUGCAAAGUUAAUUUUGCAUUCUUUCGGUCCGCCAUGUAUGCCACUCUAUCUUGUCUCUUACAUAAGAAAAUUUUGAUAUCUAACAUAAAAAAAAGUCACAAGAUUCAAAAUAUGUUUUUUGUUUGAA